GCAUGCCCCCUUUUUUCCUAAAUUGAAACUGGCAAUGAACAGAUGUUUGAUAUAGAAUUUUUAAUGCUGGGUUAAUUCUUAACAUUAGCAACCUAUACAGUUAAUUACUGUGGCUAUUACAAACUAAGUAUGUUCAUAAUGCAAGAUCCAAUAAAACUACUAGCACAUUAGUAAUUUAUAGUGACAGUCAAUAACAGUAAGAUGAAAAAGCAGAUCUAUAGUUUCUAUAGAAAUAGUCCAUGACUCCAUUCACUUAGGUAUUAUUUUGAUAGUAAUAUUUUUUUUUUCUUUUUCAGAUGCUACAUUAGUUUAGAAUACUGAGGCCUCCAUCUAUAAUCAUCAGCUUAUACAUCAACAAAGACGUCCAAGAUGCAGGAUCCAUAUUCCAAUAUGAUGAGUCCACAACAGCGUUCGGACCACUACAAGCCCUACAAUCCUCCAACCAUGCAUUCCAAUCGUGCAAAUGGUCCCCAAACACAGCCCAGUACUGAUGCUAACGCAUAUUACCAUGGUCUUCAGCAAUAUGCAAAUUACGCACCCAACCCGGAGACAUUGUACAAUGCCAUGACGCUCCCUACAAACAUGGGGCAGCAGCAGGAUUAUGCCCCUUUGCCUGCUCACAUGGGCAACCAGAAUGCUCUUACAAACUCAAAUGGUAUUUCACGUGUAAAUCCAACUUCUCACACCAUUUCGCACACUGCGACAUCACCUCCCAUAACAGCGUCAUCACAAGGAAGUGACCUUAAUAUGUCAAACCUUUCAUCACCAGGACCAUCCACUAGUCGCCUUAGCAUGUCGCCUGAGGGUCAAAGUGGCUCCUCUUCGAACCAGAGCCAUCACAUGUCCAGCAAUCUCUCACCUGGAGAAAUCGUCAAAAACGAAUCUAGUGAUAGUGGAUCAGUGAAAUCUGGACAUGAAGAUGACUCAGGAGUUCCGCCUAAAAAACGCACACAUGAUAUGACCCAAGGAAGUCGGGAAGAGGGUUACUGGGAAAAGCGUAAGAAAAAUAACGAAUCUGCAAAACGUUCACGUGAAGCCCGUAGAAUGAAGGAGGAGACAAUCGCCAUGCGGGUUGUGUAUCUUGAGCAGGAAAAUCUGCAAUUAAGAACUGAAGUCUCGUUAUUGAAAAGCGAGAUUGAAAAAUUGAGAUGUAUGUUGUACAACUCAUGA